ACCACCACCACGCACCCGGCACCUCCACUAGUGACUGUCGAGACUCCACCACCACCUCCUGCCACGCCACGCACCUCCUCCUCCUCCUCCUCCUCCUCCUCCCGUGCCUGAGUGUCCCGCCGCCGCCUCCUGCCGUGUCGGGGUGUGAGUGGCGCGGCGUUGCAGGAGGAGCGAGAGUGUGUGUUGAGGCGAGGGAACCAGCGGCGACCCGUGCUGGCAGCGGCGGCGGCAGUGUUCCCUCCGCCCUGUGUUUACAUUGCGCCGCUGGAGUUGUGUCGAGCUUACCAGCAACACCCGAGUGCGCCGCGCCUCGCCUCGCCCCUGGAGACUGGCUGACGGAGCGCGUGUGUCGACCAGAGUGUGUUCCGGACCCGCGCUGCCUGACCGGACGCUGGGCACGUUGAGCGUUGUGUCGGCGGCGAGGGCGAGGUCAGCGGGACGUCUGGGCCUCGCCGUGACCCAUGAGCGGCGGGGCGGCGACACCACGAGGCGCUGCGUCAGGUCGUGUCGCGCCGUGUGAGCUAAGAUGCGUGUGAGCCGCCGCGAGAGGCCGCCCGUCACCGCCCUGGACACUCGCGUAGAAAAUGGGGGACCGUCCUGAAGGCGCCGCAGCCACAGAGAACGGAACACGCGGGGGCGAUGCUGGGGGGGCCGAGGGGGGCGGCACAGGAGCGGAGGAGAGCGUGUUAGCCAGUGGAGGAGAGGAGGGAACCCGCACCCCCUCGCCGGACCCUGGUGACCCCCUCCCCCCCACCGGCCUCGACCUCGCAGGCUUCAAGAGGAUUUACAUCGGCAAGAUCCUGAACCCAAAACAGGACGACGGUGUGUUGGAGGAGGGAGAGGGUGAGGGAGCAAUCAACCUGUCCGCCAGACCUUCAAGACAGACCUCUCCCCUCGACCCAGAGCAGGUACGUCCGUCCGAGUGUUUGUUUACCUUCCCGCCGCAAGACGCUUCCUGUAAGCGGACGAAAUCGAAGGGACCCACCAGGAAGGCCUCAGAAGGCGGAAUAAGCCCUGAGCUGGGGGGCGCGAGAGCUCUGGAGGGGCGCGACACCCCCGCCAGCCGACUGUCCCCUCACCUGCAUGCCGCCAGCGCUCCUGUCGGGCCUCCCACCUCCAAUCAGGGGCUGCACAACCUCAUCAUGGCCCCGGCGCUGCAGCAGAUGUCCCACCUCCUGCACCAGCAACUCAUCAACCCCGCCCAGAUCCAGUCGCUCAUGCACCACCAAAGCGUCAUGCUGCACCAACAGCAGCACCAGCAGCUGGCGGAACUGGGCCGGAAACAGCUGGAACAGAUCCUGCAGCAGCUACAGGAGCAGCUGCAGGUCAACCUCAUACAGCAGACGCAGCUUAUGCAAACCCCAGAUAAGACGAAGGUGUCCGGGCCCUUGGCGCAGCUCGGGGCGCAGCAGCAGCAGCUUGUACAGCAGCUGCAGGCCGUGCAGCGGCAGUACCUCCUUCAGUCCGGCCUCCACCCCGGCCUGCACCACCACAAUGGCGAGACACGGUCUCCGCCAGGUGUGCCGAGCGACGGGAACUCUUGGAAGGAGAGGAGUGAGCGCUCGGAAACCCCCUCCCCCCAUCACCACCACCACAACAACAAUAACAACAACAAUAACAACAACGAGAGAGAUCAGAAACCUAUGCCGCCUCCCUCCGCUAAUGGCCGCGAGAUGAACGGUCUGGGCGGCGAGGAGGAUGACAUGUCGGGUCGCCGCGCCGGCCACCCGCUCUACGGCCACGGGGUGUGCAAGUGGCCGGGCUGCGAGGCGAUCUGCGACGACAACCACACCUUCCACAAACACCUGAACACUGAACACACGCUGGACGACAGAUCGACGGCACAGGCGCGGGUACAGAUGCAGGUCGUGAGCCAGCUGGAGCGGCAACUUACCAAGGAGCGGGACAGGCUGCAGGUGGGCCUCGCCGCGAUGGUGGCCAGACUGACACCUACCAUGCCCAUGCCUACCAUUCCAUCCAUACUCGGUCUUCAACCCCCCCUGCCCUUGGCCUACCAGCACCCACUAACCACCCUCGUGUGCUUCCAGGCAAUGAUGAACCACCUACAUAUGAACAAGCAGCAGCAACAACAGCAACAACAACAGCAGCAGCAACAGCAACAGCAGCAGCAGCCCCCGCCUCACCUCCCCCCGCCCCGUGUCACCUCGCCCGACCCCCCGCCCCCCCAACCCAAGCCCCUCGUGGAUCCCCCAACUCAGAGUCCCGGAGGCAUCCUUCCCAAACUGGCCAUGAGCCCCAACCUGCUGGGCGGCGGCGUGCUGGGCCCCAACCCCCUGGGGCUGCCGCACUCCCCCAUGGGCCAGAUGCCGCCCGUAUCCCUCUUCAGUGCAAUAGGCUCCCGUCACCCCCCACUCCUGCAGCCCCCCACCCCCACCACCUGUGGCCCCCUGCGAAGGAGACUCACUGACAAGGCUGCUCUUCUCACGCCAGGGCCACUAGAGGACUCCCAAGUGACUAGAAGGCGCCUUGCAGACCGUGCUGCUUUAGACGUUACUGAAGAAAUUCAAAGGAAUCGAGAAUUUUAUAAAAACACAGAGGUGCGGCCGCCCUUCACCUAUGCUUCACUAAUACGCCAGGCCAUAAUCGAGGCUCCUGACAAACAGCUCACCCUCAACGAGAUUUACAAUUGGUUCCAAAACACAUUCGCUUACUUCAGACGCAACGCUGCAACAUGGAAGAAUGCGAUCCGCACCAACCUCUCGCUGCACAAGUGCUUUGUGCGCUAUGAGGACGACUUUGGCUCGUUCUGGAUGGUAGACGACGCAGAGUUUGUGAAGCGACGCCACCUCUCCCGCGGCCGCCCCCGGAAAUACGAACCCAACACCCCACCACCACCUCACCAAACCCUCCACCCAGGGCUACCGCCAAACCAAGGGGUCCCCAUGGCCUUCCAUGCGGCUUUCCCGACCAUGUCAGGGCCGCUCCCGCCCCCACAGGGAGUGUCCAGCAAAAGUCCGACACUCAGUGGCAGCCCCACACUGUACGGGGAGGCCCUUAAUGCAAGCCUGCAGGCUGCCCUUGCUGACUCCAACCUGCCGAUGCUGAACAGCGCCUUCAGCCACGCCGUCAGCAUGGAGAAGAGCAGCAACUCCCCUCCAAUGUCCUACCACGAUGCAAUGCCCCGCCACGACGAGGAGGAGGAGGCCCAGCACAGGGAGAGGGAAAGGGAACAAAGGGAGAGAGAGAGGGAAGAGGAGAAUGAGGAGAACUUUGCCUCCCAGUUGGUGAAGCAGGAGAUGACUGAGGAGGAGAGUCCAAUGGAGACCCAACAGAGGGAGGAGGAGGACGCCGCCCAACACCCGGCCUCCCCCAUGUCCCACUUCCGCCACUACUCUGGGAUGGAUGAGGACAGGCCCAGGUCACGGAGCUCCCUGCCCCCCAGCCCCAUCUCCCAGCCCCCCCCACCCCCGGUGUCCCAUGCGGUGCAGCACGUGCCCACCAGCACCCUGGGAAUGCCACCGCCACUACAGCUGCUGCACGAGGCUCACAUGCGUCAGGGACCUCCCUUAGAAGGCUAGUGAUGUAGAGUGAGAGGCAGUGAUCACACAAACCUCCCGGUGACUCCCGGCCCCACAAACAGACAGACAAACAAUACUUACCCGACGGCCCCAUUGUUGUCUGAGCGGCCGGACGGACGAGGUCUGCCGGCCAGGAGACUCCAAGCGCUGUGAGAUGGUUGGUUAUCGUCUCAUCCUUAUUCAGACUUCUUCAUAACAUUUUUCAAUAUUUGAAACCGGUUUGCACACGUGACUUUGAGAAACUGCGAAGGAUGGAAGAGUAUGUUAUUUUUACACUGGUGGAGUUAAGCGUUCUAUUAGACUAAUUUUUUUCAUAUCAGACUAGUCUUACUUAAGGCACUGUCAUCAGUCAUGGCACAAGUGUUACUGUACUCCUGGUGAUGGAAGAAAGCUUGUUUUGUACAGGACUAAACAAGGAUGUGAUUGCAUACUGUAGUAAAAGUAGUGAUGUAUGUAGAACGGCAGACACACAGUGGAACUUGCUUCACAUAGUGUAGUGUAGACUAAGACUACAGGUGGUCAAACCACCACCUGUGUACCAUUCCUAGAUGGAUCUGCAAGAUCCAACUGUGCUUUUCUAGCCCCUUUUUCUUGUCAACCUUUGCCCAGUGUAUGCUGCUCAUGCUUGCACCUCUUGCAAUCUCAUUAUGGUUAAUGUGAUGCAGUCAUUGGCACUAAAUUUCAUGUGGUGUUCAUAGCAGUUAAAAAUUCAUGAAAUUACCAGUAAAAAGAUAAUCCAAGUGCCAUAUAAAAAUUAUCUAAGUGUAUGGAACUUAGCAAACAGGUGAAAUCUGAUCUCAUCUCAAUACGACACGACAGCUCUUCCAUGACAAUGACGGCUGGAGGGAGGCGCACCCUUCGCCUCUCAUAGCCAGCAAAGAUAGAAUGUCAAGGUAUUGUACAUUUACCUGCAAGUUACAAGGUUUGUUAAUGGUAAUUUUAAGAUUCACCAUUGUUUUCAUCUGAUCAUUUUGUGAAAUGUGCUUCUUUUCUCCCCUUGUAAUAUUAAAUGAAUACCUGCUGUUAGCAUUUACUGUAAGUGCACAGUAUUCUUCAUUUUGUACUGCUGUAGUCCUGUACCUCAAGUAAACCCACCUAUGUCAUUAUUUAUUUGUAAUUUAUAUUCUAGAUUAAGUGGGGUUAGGACAGCACAGAAACAAGAUCCAUAGAGUUAUAGUUACCUAGUGUAAUUUUAGGAUUAAAAUUACCAUCCCAAACCUGAAUUCAUUGAGGAAAAAGGAGAGAUCAAGUAAUCUGAUGAACUGAAUUGUCAUCUUGGAGCUCAACUGUGAAACAUUCUAAGCCACAAAACAUGACGUAGUUAUUAAAAUUCAAGUAUGUUUUACCUGAUACACAAACCUAAAUGAACAUUCAAUACACUUGGGUGAAUGACAAAAAUGUGUGUGGGUGUGGAUGUGUUUUGCAGUUUCUACUAAAUUCAAUUUUGUACUCAGCACUUAAACAAUGCAAUGGGAAAAUGAGUUUAGAAUUUUGAUAUACAGACAAUACAGGGACAGUAAAGACAGUGACACCAGUGUUUACAUACGCACACAAACAUUUACACGAACACAUACAUGCAUAUACACACACAUGCAAUGAAUGAAGAGAAAGACUGAAGGACAGACAGAGACAGACAGUGUUGCAGUAUACUCUCCCCCCAAAAGUACAUAAUAGGCUUGACGAGUAGAAGCCUUGUAGAAUGGACCACUGUUGUAGAAUGCAUUUUCUAAGAUGCUAAAACAAAAUAAUGCAUGCCCACGAUGGGUAUUGCAUUAUUGUAGGAUAGUUUUGCUGUGUUAGGGACUCAGGACUACUGUGGGGUGUGUGUACAAAACUCAGAUCUUUUUAUUACUCUUCAUCCAACAAUACCUAGACUACACUUUUUUAGGUACGUAUUCCAGCGUUCUCAACUUUUUAAGGACACGCCGUCACCGCUGCCGCCCCUCUGGCUCGGAUCGGCCCCUCACUUCAAGAUUAUUAGCGAUACAAAACGGUGUAGCCCCCAUGGUAGUUUUGCCUCCAUUAUCGCCAUGUGUUCCUGUUGGUCGCGAGUCACAAGGUAGUUGAUGAGCUUCUCGUAGAACAUUCCCCGUGGGUGACCUCAAGCCCAGUCCCCGAGCAAUAACUGUCAGAUGUACUUAUUGUGAAAACAAAUGUUGCCAGUCUCCUAUCGGCAGGUCCCAGCUGCUCUCACCGGCCGGCUCUGUGUAAGCCAACGCGCGUGACUGUCUUGAGUAACUCCACUUUUUUGCAUUUUAAAAAAGAUGAAUGAGGAAAAAUGUUACCAGUGAUGUUGCUUGCAGAGGGCUGGCUAAGUGAAAUUGGAUGAGGCUCUAAAUUCUAGACCAUAGUAUACUCCAUAAUUAAGAAUUAAUGUCAUAUGCAUCACACCCUUAACAAGCACUGUAAGUCAUACCACAUUUGUUCGAAGUGGAAUGUGAAAGCCUUGAUCAUAAAGAUGUGAUGAUAACUUCUAAAAUAUAUGUAAAUAUAAAAAAAGAAAAACUUGG